CCUCCCGGCCAAAAUCCUGUGGGAUGGCUGCCACCUCGACGUCACAGGGGGGCGUCGAGUAGUGCGGGCUGCGGCCUAGGCGGCAGAGCGAUGUCCUGGAAGGAGGAGAGCGACGCGGCCGUGAAAAGCAUGUUUGAACGUGGUCCAAAGAAGAGACAAGUGAAAACACUAGCAACAUCCCUUCUGGAAGCAUUGGAUUAUGACAGCUCUGAUGACAGUGACUUUGAAGUGGGAGAUGCCUCAGAUUCUGAUGGUAGUGGGGAAAGUGCUGGUAAAGACAGUGAAGAAGGUUCAGAGAGUGAAGGAGGACAAAAUGGCAGUGAAGAAGACUCGGAACAGGAUAAAAAGGAUACCAUUGAAGAAAAGACAGUUGAAUGCAAGGAAGAUCAGGCAGAAGCACCUGAAAUCAAGGAAGAAACUGAAAGCAAAGCCAGUAGAAAGAAAGCUAAAGAAUCCAUGGAUGAUGUUGCACCAGAUGAAUCAAACGACGGACAAAAGAAGUGGAAUCUCCGUAAAAAGAGAACAAUGCUUGAUAUGAUAUCAGUGGAAGAAUUGAAUGGGUUUGAUGAUUAUGAUAGUGAAGAUGAUAAUGACUGGCGACCUUGUGGAAAAAAGAAAGGAAAAGGUGUAAAUAACGAUGAUGGUGAUGAAGGUGGUGGUGAGGAUGAUAUCAGUGACAGCGAAGAGGGCAAUCCUGAUGAUGAAGACAGCAGCAGUGCCAGUGAGGAUGAUAAGCGAAUUAGAAGAAAAAAUAGGCCUUCUAAUCGAAAUGCUGCCAAGACAGAAGGAACAAGUGAUAGUUUUAUUCUGUCACAGAAUAAGAGUUAUGAGGACUCCUUUUUAACAGACAGAGACCAAAACUUCAGUUCUCAGAAAAUGGACUUUGUACAGAUUUGCUGUGUAUGUCUGGGAGAUAACAGUGAAGAUGCAGAUGAAAUUGUCCAGUGUGACAACUGUGGAGUAACUGUGCAUGAAGGUUGCUAUGGUGUUGAUGGAGAAAGUGAUUCCAUAAUGAGUUCUGCAUCUGAAAACUCAACAGAACCCUGGUUUUGUGAUGCAUGCAAGUGUGGAGCGACGCCCAGUUGUGAAUUAUGCCCCAAUUUAGAUGGAAUUUUUAAAGAGACAGAUGCUGGAAGGUGGGUUCACGUUGUUUGCGCCCUUUAUGUUCCUGGUGUGGCAUUUGGAGAUAUAGAUAAACUUCGCCCUGUUACUCUUACGGAAAUGAACUAUUCAAAAUAUGGUGCCAAGGAGUGUAGUUUAUGUGAAGACAUCCGAUUUGCUCGAACUGGAGUCUGCAUAAGUUGUGAUGCUGGUAUGUGCAGAGCAUAUUUCCAUGUGACCUGUGCUCAGAGAGAAGGACUGCUUUCUGAAGCAGCUGCUGAAGAGGAUAUAGCUGAUCCAUUUUUUGCAUAUUGCAAACAGCAUGCUGAUAAAUUUGACAGAAAAUGGAAACGAAAGAACUAUUUAGCUUUACAGUCAUACUGUAAAAUGACCUUGCAAGAGCGAGACAAGCACGUUGCUCCAGAAGCUCAGGCCCGCAUUACAACAAGGCUACAACAAUAUCGUGCUAAAGUGGAGUUAGCUCGCAGCACCAAACCCAAUGCAUGGGUUCCCAGGGAGAAGCUGCCACGUCCACUCACUAGCAGUGCCUCGGUGAUACGCAAGCUUAUGCGGAAAGCUGAACUGAUGGGAAUUAGCACCGACAUUUUCCCUGUAGACACUUUAGAUACCAGCUCCAGCGUAGAUGGCAGGAGAAAGCACAAACAGCCGGCCUUGACUGCUGACUUUGUGAAUUAUUAUCUUGAGAGGAAUAUGCGGAUGAUGCAGAUACAAGAGAAUAUUUGUGAACAAAAGAACUUAAAGGAUAAACUUCAAAAUGAACAGGAAUCACUUCAUGUUGAAUACAACAAGUUGUUUGAAUCUCUAGAAAACCUGAGAGACAAGAAUGGUAAAUUACGUCGGGAGGGGCAAAUGCUGUGGAGUACACUCAGUAACAUAGUUGGACAGAAAUUGAAUUUCCCUGUGAUUUUGCGUACACCUAAGGAAAGACGACCAAGUAAAAAGGACGGAGGAACUUUAAAGUCAUUAGCGCCUCCAGCAGUAUUGUACAGUUGUGGAAUUUGUAAGAAGAAUCAUGACCAGCACCUCCUUGUUUUGUGUGACACUUGCAAACUCUAUUAUCAUCUUGGUUGUUUAGAUCCCCCACUCACCAGGAUGCCCAAAAAGACCAAAAAUAGUUACUGGCAAUGCUCAGAAUGUGACCAAGCAGGGAGUAGUGACUUAGAGGCAGACAUCACCAUGGAAACUUUACCUGAUGGGACCAAGAGAUCAAGAAGGCAGAUUAAGGAGCCUGUGAAGUUCACUCCAUUGGAUAUUGUGAUUGAACCAAAGAAGAUCAUGAACAAAAAUAUGAUACACAAGAAGUAGAAAAGGGAAUACUUACCUUGUACACCAACUAUUGGAAUGCAUCUCUUUGAUUUUGUUCAUUCUUGAGAAAGUGGACUGAAUGGAUUUGGACUUCAAGUGAACAGAUGGUUUCAUUUAAAUAGAUAAAUAAACAGUAUGAGAUAACUAUUCAAGAACAUUACAAUUCUCCUGAAUGCAUAAAAUAAUGUUGCUGCCUGUCUCUCCUUUUAUAUUGUGUGAAAUAAGCUCUAGCUUCUAACUAAACCUACUUUCAAACAAUAACUGUGUAUGAAAACCUGACCAUCAGACUAAUAAACGUAGAAUUAAGUGUCUGGAGAGUAGGGUAAUAUAUACAAUUCAAUGCAAAAAAAAUACACUUACUGAAAAUGGGGAAACCUCACUGCACUCUGUCCAUGGCACUAUCCUUUUUUUGGGUAAAGAGACAGUUGCUUUCUACAUGGUUCAUUUCUGCAUGGAAAGCAACCUACACGAUUGCUUUCAGAGUCUGUUGUACAAGGGUACCUAGAUCCCUUUAAACCUUAACAUUCCCUAAUCUUUCAUCAUUUAAAUAAUACAGUCUUUCUGAUUUUCCUACCUAGGUAAUAACUUCACUUUUAUCCUUGUUAUAACUACAUCUGCCAUUUAUUUGCCCACUCAGUCAACCUGUCCAAAUUUUCUUGAAGCCUCUUUGUAUCUUUCUCAUAACUCAUUUUCAUGUCAUGGGCAUAUUUUGAAAUAAUAUAUUUGGCUCUUCCAUCCAAGUCAUUGAUGUACAUUGUAAAAUCCCCAAUCCCUGUGGUAUCCCACUAAUCGUUUCUGCCACCCUGAGAAAAUUCCAUUUAUUCCAACUCUGUUUCCUGUCUGUCAACCAAUUUUCAUUUCAUGCAAGUAUAUUACUCCUAAUUCUGUGUAAUUUAAUUUUGCAUGCGACCUCUUAUGUGGGACUUUAUCAAAGGCCCUUUGAAAAUCCAAAUACUCCACUUCCCUUGGUUCUCCCUUGUCUGUUCUGCCAGUUACACCCUAAAAAAAAAUGCAGCAGCUUUGUCAAGCAUGGUUUUCCUUUCAUAAGUCGAUGUUGACUGUGUGUAAUCCCACUGGUAUUUUCGAAGUAUCCAGUUAUCACAUCCUUUACAAAUAGACACUAGCAUUUCCUUAUAAAGUUAGGUGAACUGGUCUCUAGUGCCUUGUUUUCUCUCUCCUCCUUUUAAUUAUUGAAGUUACAUUUGUCACCCUCCAAAUUGCAGGAACUGUACCCUUGCCUUCAGAAUUUUGGAAGAUGACAACCAGUCCAUCCACUAUUUCCAUGGCUACCUCCUUUGGAAUUCUGGACUGCAGUUUCUCUUUGUACCAGCUCUCAUCUGGCUUGCAUUUGAAUUCCCUCAAACCUGAAUUUUCCUUUCUGCUAGGUGUAGCUGCUCACUUCAUCUCUGCAUCACUGCCAGAGACUAAUUAAAACACCAGAUUAGAGGGUUUACCCUGGCUACCACGCAUAUUUAGAUACAUUACCAUUAAGGGGAGUUGCAUUAUACUAGAGACUAAAAUGAUCCCAUGUCCCAAAGAUUUUUUACAUUCAUGACCUCUCACUGAGAUAUCAAGGGUGGAACACAUCAGGUAAAUGGAGUGUUUGAAGGUACAUUGAAGCGACAGCAUCCACCUUUCAUUGAAACAUAAGUAUCAUCAAGAAGUUAUAUUAUUGUAUGAAUUAAUCCACAUUAGGACGAGGAAGAAUUGAACUUUUGAAUUAAACCAUGGGCCGCAUUUCCCUGUCUCUUGUUAAAGGAUGAGAACUUGCAUGAUGAUAUGAUGCUAUGAAUUGACAUGUAUCCAAACAUAAGCUUUCUAAGUUAUAAUAAAGGUGGUUUAUAUGAAUGCGAGCAGGUAAUUUGAAAGGAAAACUAGUUCAAAAAUAGAUGCACUUAAUUUUGCUUGUUCCAACAUUUUCUCUAGUUUUAACAAUAAUGCAGUUAAAGGAAGGGAUUAUAUAAGUUGCUUUAUCAGUUCCCUUAAGUUUUCUAAAACAAGGUUUAUCUUCAUAUCUAAUCCAUCAAGACUUUGAGAAACGUGAUUGUUUUAAUAAAGUAAAAUGAAUAUGUUCUUAGAAUUGAGAAAGAUAUUAAAGCUCUGAAGCAAAAUGUUCAAUUUAUUUGAUGGUUUCUACUAAUUUGUAUGUACAAGUAAACUUGGUGAAAACAUCUGGGAACCAUUUAUUGAAUUAUGUUAGCACUCAGUACUUUUUCUGUUUCAUGCAAGUCAAUCAUUGUUUUUAAUAGAUUGAAGCUUCCAAAUCUAUGUUCUUCAUUAAAAGAAGAUAGAAACCAGAUGUCUGAAUGUUACAAAAAAAAUCUUAAUCAUUUAAUAUACAUAUUUGGCAACUUGCACUCCAAAAGUGGAGGGAAUUUUCCUCCUUAAAUGUAGAAGUCAGAGUCGGAAUAAAUAAAACUUACUAAAGGUG